UGCCCAGGUGUCUGCGGCGGUGUCUCUGUGAGCAUGGGCAGCCCCUCUCCUUCUUCCUCCUUUCCUCUGGUUGACGGCUCUGCUGUUCCCCCUCUCCUUCUGCUCUCUCUCUGCAGGUCUCUAGCCACUUGCAGGUUCUUGCCCGACGGAAAUCUCGUGAGAUUCAGUCCAAGCUGAAGGUCCGGAUGAUCUUUACAGGUGUCAUUGUGGGAUGCCCAGAGAGAAGUGCAAGGAGGGGCAACAGAGCCCUUCCCUUUCCUUCAGGAGGGUGAAUUUGGGUGCCGAAUCUCCUCUUUUCACCUGGGCAAGAACUCUGCCGUGGGAAAAUGCCAUGAACUUGGACCAGGUCUCGAAGGAUAAAGCUCUGCAGAGCAUGGCUUCCAUGUCCUCUGCGCAGAUCGUGUCAGCCAGCGUCCUGCAGAACAAGCUCAGCCCCCCACCUCCUCUUCCUCAGGCCGUCUUCUCUGCUGCCCCCAGGUUUUGGAGUGGGCCUAUCCCAGGACAGCCUGGACCCUCUCAGGACAUUAAACCGUUUGCACAACCAGCUUACCCCAUCCAGCCACCCAUGCCUCCAUCACUAGCCAGUUACGAGCCCUUGGCUCCGCUCCCGCCAGCUGCAUCAGCCGUGCCUGUCUGGCAGGACCGCACCAUCGCCUCCGCCAAGCUCCGGCUUCUGGAGUACUCCGCCUUCAUGGAGGUGCCGCGGGAUGCUGAAACGUACAGCAAACACCUCUUUGUGCACAUUGGCCAGACGAACCCCUCAUACAGCGACCCACUGCUGGAGGCCGUGGACAUCCGCCAGAUCUAUGACAAGUUUCCUGAAAAGAAAGGUGGCCUUAAGGAACUCUAUGAGCGUGGGCCCCAGAACUCCUUCUUUCUCGUCAAAUUUUGGGCUGAUCUGAACAGCACGAUCCAGGACGGGCCGGGGACCUUCUACGGUGUCAGCAGCCAGUACAGCAGUGCAGAGAACAUGACCAUCACAGUAUCCACCAAGGUGUGCUCUUUUGGGAAGCAGGUCGUGGAAAAGGUGGAGACGGAGUAUGCACGUCUGGAGAACGGACGGUUCAUCUACCGCAUCCACCGGUCUCCCAUGUGCGAGUACAUGAUCAACUUCAUCCACAAACUCAAGCACCUCCCAGAGAAGUACAUGAUGAACAGUGUCCUGGAGAAUUUCACCAUCCUGCAGGUUGUUACGAACAGGGAUACCCAGGAAACCUUGCUCUGCAUUGCCUUUGUUUUCGAGGUCUCCACCAGCGAGCACGGCGCCCAGCACCAUGUGUACAAGUUGGUCAAGGACUAGGGGCACUCGGGGACAGGCAGGGGCACAAGGGGCGUGCAGGGGAGGGAGGGGGCCACGCAGAGUAGCCGCCCGUGCCUGUUGCCUUGUGAGAAGUCAUUUGAAGAGAGGAGGAGGUUCAAGAACAACAAUAGCCAAAAAAGACUGACUUGUGAUUGCAGAUGUUUUCUACUUAGGAACAGUUUUUGUUUUUUUUUUUUUUUAAUAAAUGAAAAAAAAACCAAAAAAACAAAGAAUGAGAAAAGAAACAUAGGGAGAAAGGAAACCCACAUCCGGUGCUGGAUGAGGAGAGACCGGUCCUCGGUGUUGCUGAUAAAGGCCAGGAUCCCACCGUGUCGUCACCAGCGGGAUGUCGGAGCAGAGAACGACCCUUUCUUUCACCCCCACCCUCACUCAGAAGUGGUCCUGGUCCUGAGUGGAGAGGAGUGAGCACAGAUGGGCUGGAGGAGGGGCAUUGCACCAGGUCUGGUCCAAAACUGAUUGGCAUGGCAGCAGCAGUGUCAUUGGCACAGCUUGGCAGAGCCCAGGUGGCAGUGGGGACCUGUGCAAGGCAGGAGCAGGGCAGAGCAGAGUGGAGGAGGGGGACAUUGCUGCCUCCCUGGGACUGGCAGCUGGGGGCUUCUCUGUGUGCAGUUGGGGCACUGGGAACCAGUGGCAGUGAAGGCAUGAGGGCAUCGACAAUGCAAACCAUGUUUUUUUAUGUCUCUUUCUUUUUUUCUUUUCCUUUUUUUAAGUUAAAGUGCUUUUUUAAUACUUUUUAAAAGGACACCGUGCUUGUAAUCGGGAUGAUGACCCUCUGCAGUGCCUGGGCCUCUGCCCCGUGCUGUGCUGGUGACCAGCAGAGGUGACAGCAGAGUUUACUGGGUUGGAGGCAACAGCGGAACUACCAGGCACGGGGAGUGGCUUGUGUAGGGAAGGCUCAGGAUGUUUUCAUCUCUGGCUGGUUUUUGUGUGGGAUCCCCUGAGCUCUGUGUGGGCUUUCAAGGAUAGCACUUGGGGGUGGCCCAGGCUCAACGUCCCUGCUGUGGUCACUUGCUGAGGAGUAGAGAGCAGUGAGGUUAGAUUUGCCUGAUUUACUUUGCAUAUAUACAUUUUCUUUGUUUCGGUUCUUUUUUCUUCACCUUUUUUGCCUUUUUUCUGUGUUGACUGUUCUGGAUUGCUCUGUCCACUUGCCUGCAUCCUGUGGGAAGUGGCCAGAGAAGUGGCUCGUGCAGGGAAAAGCAUAUUGAGCAACACAGGGCCAGGCUGUCAGUGGGCAGAGUUUAGGACAGAGGGGACAGAGACAGAGAGGGGACAGAGAACAGGAAGGAUGCCAGGAUAAGGGACUGGGUCUGCUUGGAGGAAUUUUUAUGGCUGCAGCCCAAAGUAAGCCAAUGCAGCAUGCCCAGCCCUGAGGCUGCAACUGCAAGGACAGAGGCUGGGAAGAGCAUCCCCGGGGUGCAGGAGGGGCACAGAGAGACAAGGUGGCAUGGAGCAAGGUGGCAGGAGGCUGGCAGGGGGACAGGGAGCCCGAGGUGGCCAGGUCUGGACGGAUUUCUCGUGUUGGCAGGGGAGCGAAGGUGGCAGGAAAUGCAGAGACCAGUGCUGCAGGGGGGGCAGGAGUGGUUUGAGGGGGGCUAAAGCCCAGGAUGGGGAGACAGGGCAGGUUUAGGCUCAAUGCUGCCAGGUGCAAAGGAGCAGGAACAGCCUCAGAGCCCAGGAAAGUGCCUUGGCUGCCACUGUGAUGCCUUGUGUCUGGUGAGGCAUGGGGGCUUUGACCUCUUGCUGCUGGGAGAAGACACCCAUCCCUGUGGGACAGGGCAGAGCCAUCCUGGCCCCACGCCCAGCUGAGGGCUCCGUGGUGGGACUGGACUUAGGCAGCUGCAUUGAACAGGGCAAGAUGGAGCAGGGUGGAAAGAGAGAGGGAAAAAUCCAAGGCAAGGCACUGGAGUCCUAUCCCAGUGCUGUGCCAGGGUGGCCUGGCUGAGUUCUCAUAUGUAGCAUGUUUGUUUGUUGUUUUGUUGUUUUUUUUUUCUUCUUCCGUUUCACUCACUGAUCUGAAACUCUGGGAAUGAAAACUCAAAACUCCCCCACCAUGAAACACAGGUGUGCCCCACUCCCAGCCCCAACCAGGGACAAAGCUCCUCAUUAACUGGACUGGUUUGUGCCUCCACCCUCCCUCCAUCCCUGCAUCCCUCCAUCCCGCCUGCACUGAGCCCCAGGGUGUGCACCCACACCCCAGGCACACGCUGACUGGUGCCCCCAGCAGCCCUGGCCGGGGUUUAGCCAGGAUCCUAGAGACACUUUCUCAACUCCCCUGCCCCCCAGCCUCUCUGUUCUCCUCCAGUGUAUUUAUGAAUUUCACAUGAAGUACUGUUUUAUUUUUUUAAAGACUUUGUAAAGCUUACCAGGGUUACAAUCACCAUUUUUAGAGCUGUGUCAGUCCACAAUGUUAAAAAUCCAAUUUUUUAUGUAUUAUAUUUUUUGUGUAUUUUUUUUAAUCCAGCUGUGAUGGGUUGUAUCAUAUAUUUGUUGUGUUUACUGUAUCUGUCCAACUUCAAAGAGAGGAGACUGUAGAGCUCCGAAAAAACUACAGUCUGCUAAAUAAAUAUUAAAAUUAUUUGUUCAUGGGUUGGCUCAA